AUGUUCGGGCGGGUGGGGCUGCGCUCGACCCCCGUGGGGCUCCGGAGGAUGGGCAUGCGCGCGCCCUUCUGGUCCUACCGCACGCCCGUGACGCCCGUCUCGCUGGCGCUCGCGAAGCCAGACCUCCCCGCCUCUUCCCUCAUCAUCGCCGCCGCCGGGACCUGGAGCCAGCAGCGUGCGGGGGAGCACUUCAUGGGCGCGAUCUGGUUCGGGUACCCCGAGACGCCGCUCUCUGCGCAGGCAAAGGCGCCCACGCGGAAGCGGGGGCUCGCAGGAGUGCUAACACACACGUCGUAG